UCCAAUCAUAUACAUGAAAAUUAUUAGAACCUAAGAUUGAUUAGAAUUUUGUGCAGAAAGAAGAGGAGCAAUAAUGGAUUCCGGUUUGUCUUGGGCUGAUCAAUGGGAUUACAAUUCUGAUCCUCCUCCGGUUUCAAAAGAAGAUGACAAGAAGAAGAAAAAGGAUGAGUCUAAGAGCAAGCUCAAGAAAUCACUUAUGAAAUUCAAAUGGAUGAGAGAGCUAUGCAAGAAAUCUCAAAAGUAAUGACCACCAAAUGAAAUUGAGAAACCUCUUCCUUUUUUGUUUUUUAUUUUAUGUUCUUGUUUUUUGGGUGUUGCAUUCGUGUAUAUGAACUUGUUAUAAAUUCUACA